UGUGUCAUUGUUCUGGGACCGCCAAGUGUCAGUGUGUCAUUGUUCUUGGACCGGCAAGUGUCAGUGUGUCAUUGUUCUGGGAUCCCCAAGUAUCAGUGUGUCCUUGUUCUGGGAAUGGCAAGUGUCAGUGUGUCAUUGUUCUGGGAACGGCAAGUGUCAGUGUGUCAUUGUUCUGGGACUGCCAAGUGUCAGUGUGUCAUUGUUCUGGGACUGCCAAGUGUCAGUGUGUCAUUGUUCUGGGACUGCCAAGUUUCAGUAUGUCAUUGUUCUGAGACCCCCAAGUGUCAGUGUGUCAUUGUUCUGGGACCCCCAAGUGUCAGUAUGUCAUUGUUCUGGGACCACCAAGUGUCAGUGUGUCAUUGUUCUGGGACCACCAAGUGUCAGUGUGUCAAUGUUCUGGGACCACCAAGUGUCAGUGUGUCAUUGUUCUGGGACUCCCACGUGUCAGUGUGUCAUUGUUCUGGGACCACCAAGUGUCAGUGUGUCAUU